ACCACCGUAUUUGGUACGGUAACAUAGCAGCAACUUGAAGUACUCACAAUACUGUAAAGUUCAUGGGGACAGCCUUAUAAUCGCUAUCAACAAACAUAGCGCCGUCAUCCGUCUUUUUCUUCUCGCCUCUCCAGCUGGUCUGGUUAUUUUCUGUCUUCGUUUCUGUACAUAACAUUUGCAACCGUCGCUCUUUCAUUCAAUACACGCCCCGCUAUGCUGCCCAACACAUACGCCAGGCCCAUGGCCAGCAAGACUGGCCUUCCGAGCUCUCCAGCAUCUGCACGUUCAAGACGACAUGAGCAUCAUGAAAGCAAUAUUACCCAGCGCACCGCACCUCAAUCUCUACGUCAACUUCGCCCUCAGAGGUCUACCCCAGCUAUAUCAGUCUCUCGUGAUUCAUCAGCUAGUGCCCCACCUCUUCCAAAUCGCUACACAAGGACUGAUCCUCGGCUCAAGGAGGCAGUAUCCGCAUUCAGUGGGAGAAAUAUCAAAGGGACGAGUCAUGGUUCAGAUGGCUUCCCACCCGCAUCCCGCUCUUUAACCCCUGGUACUACCCUUCUUCAAGUUGAAAGUAUGAAAGUAGAAGUGUACGCUAGUCCCCAUCAUACUAGUGUGCAGGACGUUCGUCCAGAAUUUUUGCCAGAGCCUAAGGCUGUCCCAACGCAAGGUCCGAUAUCUGACACGACAGUUGAUGAUCAUAAAUCUAUGCCUACACUCGGAGAUGAGUACAGCAUCUGGAACCGCAUAACUACGGCAGCUGCCAGUGUUCUGACCGUCAACGUUAAUAAGGCUUGGACCAGUAAAAUCAGCACAUUUUCCGGUGAAGAAACCCCGCCAGGACAAGAGUCACGACUAUCCCGUGCGAUGAAAGCAUACCAUCUAGAAAAGGCUCGCGAUCCGUCCGAUCUUCCUGAAUGGCUGUUCACUGAAGAUGAACGCCGCUUGACCAGCUCUUCCCGCUUUGUUGGAACACAGGCUCCUGAAAAUACGGCUAUCGAUCGGCCAGCUUCGAGUCCACCGCGCAGCACGAACCUCCGCGACAUAUAUGAUCAGGCAGCCAUGAGCACGCCUUCAAGAAUCACAGAGAGUAGCACCCGCCGCGUUCAAUCAGACGUGGGUGUUGUUCCGUCGAAGGCCACCAACCGGCUCAAGGCUUUGCGAGACGAAAAACGUAAUGCUCUCGGUAUUCGCAGCAACGUUCAUUUCGGUGAGCCAGAUGUAGAGCAGCCGUCCUCGUUGAAAAGGGGUGGAGGCAACAGUAUCACAGAAAGCCGUGGAGAUUCGGGGAUUGACGUAUCUUAUCGCCCCCAACGAGUGGCACGUCCUGGCCUUCCCUCGAGACCACGAGUGUACUAGUUCUGUUUGAGGUCACGGUUUCUUCGGCAGUGUUCUUUCAUUCCAAUCUCGGUUCAUGUCUAUAUAACUAGUCCGCUCGACCUUCUUUUCUUUUCUGUAUGUAGCCUAUUUUUCCAAACCGUGUAUUUCUAUCGUUUCUAUGUGGUCACCUCGGUGGUCACGGUAGCUAAGUAUAGUUACCAGCACAUGUGCACUGGCACCUCUUACGACCUGUACGUGUAUGAUGGUAUCAACCGCAUCUGCCAUUUGUCAAGUGAAUGUGUGUCAAUUCAGAAUAGCUGAGGCCAACAUUGAAUGGUCUUCAUUGACAAGGCCUUGAGCGACACAG